UGUCUCGUCUCGUCCCGUCUCUAAAAAGGUAGGUGGAGGAGGGCAGACUAGCACUCCGUUGCGCCCGUUCCCAUCUGCACACCGUCCGUCCCCGGGUUUCUCGCCGUCGUCGGCUCCGCCAUUGCCGCCGGCCGAGCGAGCGAGCGAGCGGACGGGGGGCGACGAGGCGGGCAUGGAGGGCGACGAGGCGGCGAGGCGGGGGAGGGAGGCGCUGAGCGGGGGCCACCUCUGCCACGUCUGCGGGCACCAGUACCCCAACCCCAACCCCAGCGCCAAGCUCCGCCGCUCCCACCGCAGGAAUUCCUGCCGCAAGGUCACGCCGGCCGCCGAGGAGGAGGACGCCGGGCCGCGCAAUGCGGGCGAGGGCCGCUUCGUGCUUGGUGCUGGUGGAGGACCAGGAGACGGGGAGGAGCCUGGGAAUGGCGCGGCGAGCGGAGGCUCUGCGUCGCCCGGAUCUGCGAACGGAGGCGUCGAAUCGGCGGAGGACAAGGAGAACGGAGAACAUGCUUCUCCUAAUGCUGCUAGAAUUCAAGCCAUCAGCAGUGACUGCACUGAAACUGGCCUGAUUCCCAAUAAUUCUUCUGAAACUGCAUAUGAAGGCAAUGGAACCGAUUCAGAAAGGCCUUGCACCAAUGGAAUUCAACAUAGAGUGCCUGAAAGUUUCACUGAAAUUGGACCGCUUGCAGUUGCACACCCAACUGAGCGAGAAGAUUGUCUUGAGGAGUACCAGGAUGCAUCUUCUUUUCUUCAUCAGUCAGAUCCGGAAGAUGGUGCAGCAAUAGCACGUGAGUCAGAUGUUCCUAUGGAAAUCAAGAAUCUGGAUAAAGGCUCAGUGGGUUCAAGUGUGGCUGCAGAUGUAAUCUCUCUUGAAAGAUAUGACACAUGCAAAUAUCAGUUUUCAAGAGAAUCAAGCAUGACUGAUUUUCCUGCUGGAUCCGAGGUUGAAAAUGAAGCUGAAUAUUAUGCGGAGAAUAUAACUCCUGGAUUGGUUGGGCGUGAAGAUGGCUUAAACCUCCAGAGUACAGAUGAAUGCUCAGCAGACAUUGACAGCAACAAUACAGAUGUUGUGGUUGACAGCAAAUCUGAUAAAACAUCUGGUAGUUGCGAGUUUCUUGGUGAUUUGAACCCCUCAUCUCUUCAGAAGUGCUAUCCACUUAUGUCUGAUCCAGAAUCCCAAUCUGCAUGUUCCAGGAAGGUGGACAACUUAUUUAAAGAUGGUAUGGAAGUUCUGGAUAGCACGUCUGAAGUAUCACCAAGAGAAGAAAUAGUAGAAUCAUAUCCUGUUGGAUCUGAAACAAUAUCUAAUUCUGGAGAUGAGUUGAAGCUAAUUCAUACUUCAAAUACAUCAACUGAUUGCUCCACAGAGCGCUCUUCACAGAACUUGUCUGCUCAAGAUACUUCAGGUGUUCAGCUGCCAGUUGAUAACUCUUGCCUGGUAAAUUCAGUAUGCUCUGUACCUGGUUAUCAGAAUGAUCUUGCUGUUACUAAUGAUGACGGCAUGCUCAAGUCCACUGCUGAAGAUAACUGCACUAAAGGCAUUUUAGUAAAGGACAGUGCGUUGGAUUCUUCCUGUGAGGCGAGGCCUGAACAACAAGAGGAAAUCUGCAACAGGGAGAGUGCCACUGAGGUUCCUACAAAUUACCAAGUGUCUACAAGUCAGGAGCAUGUCACAUUACUAAUGGAUCAAGUGAUUUCUACCAAGAAUCCAUUCAAUAUAGAUGACACCAGGAGUGAUGACUUAUUUGAGCUUGCUUCUGGUUACCGUUUAGAGGCACCAAAUGUUUUUGAAUCAGAGCAGGAAGUUGACUCUACAUCUAAGACAGUUUCCAACCAAACCAGCGUUGCUGAUGGGAAACACUGUCCGACCUCAGAUGAUCGCAUGGUAGCUGUGUCAUGUAAAAAUGGAUAUGCAGUUGAUGCAGAAGAUGCGUCGGUCAGUAGCAGUGCAGAUCCUGCGAAGAACGUUUUCUUGCAUGAUGCCUCGGUGAACCAUGACAAGAAGGAAGGUGAAUCACAUACAAAUGGCAUCAUCGAUGCGCCAUCUCAAGUAUUUCCGACAGAAUUUAGCACAAUGCCCGUCUCUCAGGAGAUCAAUGCAGUCAGCACACAUGUUGAAGAAAAGACUGACACGGAAGACACCAAAGCAAAAGAUAAGACUCCGGUAGAGAAUAUAGAUGACUCAGAAGAAAAGAAACAGACUCAAGAUGCUAGUGCAAAGGAGAUGACUGCAGUACUGCACUCAGAUAAUGUUGAAGAGGAUAAACUGGCUGAGGAUACUGGUUCAAAGGAAGUGACAGCAGUACAAAGCACAGAAAAUAUUCAUGAAAAGGAUCAGACUGAAGACGGUCGUGCAAAGAAGAUGGAUGGAGAAUUUAACACAGCUGAUGUUGGCAACAGGCAGACUGAUGUCGCCAGCAAGGAAGAGAAUAAAACAGAUGAAGUGCAACAGGCAGAUAAUGCUGUAGAAAAGAAGCAGGCUCCAGAAACUACUGCAAAGCAGACGAACGUGGUGCAAAGCAGGGAUCAUGCUGAAGAGCGGAAGCAGGCUGAAGAAACAGUCGGUCUGGAGGGAAACAAGCAGAAUGGAGAGAUCGCCGCCGUUGGCUCGAGGCUGAAUUCAGCAAGGAUCAGCGUCCCCUUGAAGGUCCUCCUUGCCGAGGCGAGCCUGGAGGGCAAAGAGAAGAAACCCAGCACCAAGGAGCGGGUCCUGUCAUUCACGCGGCGAGGAGCGUCGAAGGACGACGCCUCAUCGGCGAAGCCAGGGGCAGCCGGUUCGGACGACCAGUACUGGAACUCCCCCGCGAAGAUGCCCCAUGACAACAACAACGUCGACAAGAGAUCCAAAGUGAGGAAGCAGCCGUGGAUGCCCUUCAUCUGCUGCCACUCCGUGCACUGAUGCUGCCAUUCAUUCUUCCUCAGCUACGAUCUUCUUUCUACAUACGCCAUGCGCAUCUUGUUUGAAUCCGUGGCACCCUUUUUAGUCUAUUUGCGUGAGGACUGGAUAAGCUUAUGUCUUGCAACAUAUGCCACCCGAACUACUGUCAUGUUCGUGUAGAUAAUCACUCAAGUUAAGAUGGUCUGGUAUCUCACCUGAUGCUGCCGAAAUAUGUCGCUGUUGAGAUGCUUUGGAUCAGUGCGAUUUUGAUGUAUCGCCACCUGACUUUGUAGUACGUAUGUUGUUUGGUCUCA